GCAAAAGCUUUGGAAUCCGUUUGAUCAUCCGCCAUUAGACAAGUGAUGUGAAUUCCUAAGAUAGCGAUAAUCAAAAUGAUUAAUAUAGCGUUUAUAAAAGCAAGUUCAGAUAUUGUCGCGUUGUGCAGUGAUGCAAGCUGGAGGAUUUUUAUAAUGUGAAACCAGUCAGAUUUGUAAAAUCAGAUUCACCUCUGGAGCUCCAUCAUGGAUCAAACACAAACAUCAACAGAUGAAGUUUUUUCUCCAGGAUGCAGUUUAGUUCAUAAGAAGAGAUCAGAUUUAGAGUUCAGCUGUGUGUCUAUAAAGAGUCAUCAGUCUAUUGAUCAACCAUGGAACUUUAAAAGUGAAGAGACAAGGCCUUCACACAGUUUAGUUCAUCAGAUGAGAUCAGAUUCAGAGUUCAGCUGUGUGUCUAUGAAGAGUCAUCAGUCUACUGAUCCACCAUGGAACUUUAAGAGUGAAAAGACAAGGCCUCCACACAGACGGAUCACAACAGACGCCAACUGUCAGAGGAGGAAGAAAACAUUCAGAUCAAUUCUGAGAGAGAAGUGUUGGUGUUUGUAUGAGGUAACAUCAAAUAAGAGAAACCCAACACCACUAAAUGAGAUCUACACCGAGCUCUACAUCACAGAGAGUGAAAGUGGAGAGAUCAGUAAUGAACAUGAGGUGAGACAGAUUGAGACACAAUCCAGAAGAACAACAACAGAGGAGACACCAAUCAAAUGUAAUGACAUCUUUAAACCUUUACCUGAACAACACAAACACAUCAGAAGUGUGCUGACAAAGGGAGUCGCUGGCAUUGGAAAAACAGUCUCCGUACAGAAGUUCAUUCUGGACUGGGCUGAAGAGAAAGAGAAUCAGGACGUCCACCUCAUAUUUCCACUUCCUUUCAGAGAGAUCAAUUUGAUGAAGGACAAAACACUCAGUCUUUUAGAUCUUCUUCACCUUUUCUUCCCAGAGACAAAAGAAAUGGAAAUCUUCAGUGAUAAAUAUAAAGUGUUGUUCAUCUUUGAUGGUUUGGAUGAGUGUCGUCUGUCUCUGGAUUUUCACAGCAGUGUGAGGUUGUGUGAUGUAAGUGAAUCAACCUCAGUGGACUUGAUGCUGACAAACCUCAUCAAGGGGAAUCUGUUUCCCUCUGCUCUCAUCUGGAUCACCUCCAGACCAGCAGCAGCUGAUCUCAUCCCCUCUGAGUGUGUUGAUCGAGUCACAGAGGUACGAGGCUUCACUGAUCCACAGAAGGAGGAAUACUUCAGGAAGAGAAUCAGUGAUGAGAGUCUGUCUGAUCAAAUCAUCUCACACCUGAAGUCAUCCAGGAGUCUUUACAUCAUGUGUCACAUCCCAGUGUUCUGCUGGAUUUCAGCCACUGUUCUAGAGAGAUUAUUGAGUGAAGCAGAGAGUCAAGAGAUCCCCAAGACUCUCACUCAAAUGUACACACACUUCCUGAUCAUUCAGACAAACAUCAAACAUCAGAAGGACUAUGAGAAGAAAGUGAAGGAUGAAGAGAUGAUUUUCAAACUGGGUAAACUUGCUUUUGAGCAGCUUGUGAAAGGCAAUCUGAUCUUCUACGAUGAAGACCUGAGUGAGUGUGACAUUGAUGUAGCAGAAGCAUCAGUGUACUCAGGAUUGUGUACUCAGAUCUUUAGAGAGGAGCUUGGUUUGUAUCAGGGGAAAGUUUACUGCUUUGUUCAUCUCAGCAUCCAGGAACAUCUAGCAGCUCUUUAUGCUCACCUCAUGGUCACAAACAACAGCAUAAAUGUGUUUGCUCAAACUCAUGAAUCAGGUCUGUUGUCUAAAAUUCUAGACAUAGUGAAGCGUAAAUUAUUGAAACAAAUUGUAUUAUCUGAGUUACAUCAGCGAGCGGUAGAUGAAUCUUUAAAGAGUAAGAAUGGACAUCUGGAUCUUUUCCUGCGUUUUCUUCUGGGUCUUUCAAUGGAGUCCAAUCAGAUUCUCUUACAGGAUCUACUGACACAGAUGAGAAGAUGCUCCUACAAGAAAACUGUUAAGUACAUUAAACAGAAGAUGGAUAAGAAUUUGUCCCCAGAUAAAUCCAUCAAUCUGAUUCACUGUCUGAAUGAACUGGGUGAUGAUUCACUUGUGCAGGAGAUUCAACAUUAUGUGAACUCUGAAUCAGUAGGAAAGACCAAACUCUCCUCUUCACAGUGGGCAGCUUUAGUUUUUGUGUUGCUGACGUCUAAGCAGCGUUUGGAUGAACUUGAUCUAAAUCCAUUUAUUGGAGAUGCUAAUACAGCAGAUGAAGUUCUUGUGAAACUACAGCCUGCGAUUAAAGAAACAAAAAAACUACAGUUAUGUUGGUGUAAUAUCACAGAUAAAGGUUGUGUUGCUCUGACUUCAGCUCUAAGAUCAAAUCCAUCACACCUGAGAAAUCUGAAUCUGUCUAAUAUUAUACUAAGUGAUUCAGGAGUAAAGCUGUUCUCUGAUGUACUGAAGAAUCCUGACUGUAAACUGACAACACUCAGGUUGGAUUGUUGUAAUAUCACAGCUGAAGGUUGUGUUGCUCUGGCUUCAGCUCUGAGAUCAAAUCCAUCACACCUGAGAGAUCUGGAUCUGUCUGAGAAUGAACUUAGAGAUUCAGGAGUAAAGCUGAUCUCUCAUGUACUGAAGAAUCCUGACUGUAAAUUGGAGAUACUGAAGUUGAGUGGUUGUGAUAUCACAGAUGAAAGUUUUGAUGUUCUGACUUCAGCUCUGACAUCAAACCCAUCACACCUGACACAUCUGGAUCUGUCUCAUAAUAAUCUAAGAGAUUCUGGAGUGAAGCUGAUCUCUGAUGUCCUGAAUAAUCCUGACUGUAAACUGAAGAUACUGAACUUAAGGUUUUGUAAUAUCACAGAUGAAGGUUGUACUGUUCUGAAUUCAGAUCUGAGAUUAAACACAUCACACCUGACACAUCUGGAUCUGUCUAAUAAUCAUUUCACAGAUUCAGGAAAGAAGCUGAUCUCUGAUGUACUGAAAAAUCCUGACUGUAAACUCAACUUAAGGUUCCGUAUCAUAGAUGAAAGUUGUGCUGUUCUGGAUUCAGCUGGAAGAUCAAACCCAUCACAUCUGAAAGAACUGAACCUCAAAGGGAAUAAUCUGAAAUUAUGUACAGGGGUUAAAGCAAAAAAUAAUCCUGGGCCUGAACUUUUUCUGGGGGUGGGGGUAGACACAUACGCAAGGUUGUUUGACAGACAAAUGAAAAGAACAUUAUUUGAAAAGAGUGUCCCUAAAACUAACUAGUAAUGUAUCUGACAUUGCUAUUAACCCAUGACAGGCUCGCUCAGACUACAGAUUAUGGUGGGCUAUUUAAAACAAUACCAAGCUCAAGGAAACAUUUUAAGCAUCCUUUCAAAUGGUAACGGUCUUACUACUUUCGGUCGCGCUGCUGUGAUGCAAUCUGUCUUAAGGAUAAGCGGCAGUGACAAUCACCGGCCAUUUUAUUAGGUACACCUUACUAGUACCGGGUUGGACCCCCUUUUGCCUUCAGAACUGCCUUAACCUUCAUGGCACUGAUUCAACAAGGUACUGGAAACAUUCCUCAGAUUUUUUGGUCCAUAUUGACAUGAUAAUGUUGAUUUGUCGGCUGCACAUCCAAGGAACGAAGCUCCCAUUCCACGACAUCCCAAAAAUGCUCCAUUGGGUUGAGAUCUGGUGACUCUGGAGGCCAUUUGAAUACAGUGAACUCAUUGUCAUGUUAAAGCGAACCGGGCCCGUGCAUGCUCCUGAUGCGUUUUUGUUUACAAACUAUUAAGUUUACAAUACAUUAUACUGAUGAAGAAGGUUAUUAAACUUGUCAUGCCAUAUAUCAUUAGAAAGGUUAAAGGGUUCAGAUUUCAUUUCUAAGUGCUGUUCCACGAAAUAAAUACUCUAGCAAAAUUAAUAAUACAUUUAAUGCAACGAGGUCAUAUUUAAAUUUGUUCAUUCAUAAAAUGACUUCACGCUCUUAUUAUGAAACUGCGCCUCCCUCAUAACUUUAGACGAGCUCACACUGCUGAAAACUCAUUGCUAAGCAUUCACAAUAUAACAUCCAUUCGCAGUUUUAGUCCACAAACGUAUUACAUAUGAGAAUUAUUGAUAUUCCAUGGGAUUUUGCAUCAAAUAAUCCUACAUCCAUAUUGUUAUUCAACAACUUCACAAGCAGCGCGAUUCUACUAUGGAAAAGGCAUACGCGAUCAGGUCAGUCAGAGUAUUAUGUUUAAAAUGAGUCCACACACACAUUAUGAUUAAUAUUUCACAUACAGCUAAUAAGUGUAGUGUUUUACUGAUGUUUUAGUGUGUUAUUUUCGUGCACCUUUUAUCUGCAGUAACUUAGACUGCUUGUCAUUCUGAUGCACAUUCGCUAUUUUGCAGACAUUGUUGAUGUACCUAACAUUAUGCAAGUACUCUGAAUGUAUAUUGUGAGGACAAAAGCUUAUUAUUAGUAACAGAUCGCUGUCUGGGUGCUUUUCUAUCGCCCACCACUGAAUGAAUGAUUACGCAAUUUACUCGCGAUAGAGAUACGUCACCGCCAUUAAUAUGAAUGCUUCUUUUAUCACUUCACAACAACUGGUGAGUGCUUUAGUUUGUAAAACAUGAGGUGUCCACAAUGUAAAUAGUUUUCUUUUUCUUUUAAAAGCUUCAUAAUUACUAUGUACUGUGUAGUUUACGGUUACUAGUUUAUUUCAAUAUUUAAGUUAAAACCCAUUUUUGUCAAAUGUGUAUACAAUGU